AUGAUGAUAAUGGCAUUUUUCGGAACCUCUUCCACUGAGUCACUGCCUGAGGAGGAUAUUGCCAAAGCACAGGAUUACCUAUCUCGGUUCUUCUCUGAUGUGGGGGUGAGUGCUCCGGGCAGUGUCAGUCGAAGCUCUUUGGACUCCUUUGAGGACGGGUUAAGGAAAAUGCAGGAGUUUUUUGGGAUCGGGGUCACAGGGCAGCUUGACUCUCAAACCCUGGAUGUCAUGUCCCGUCGUCGAUGUGGGGUUAGUGACGUGGCCAGAUAUGGGUACUUUGAUAAUCAGCCCAAGUGGGAUAAGAAAGAGAUCACAUACAGGGUCACUGACUACACAGCUGCCAUGAGCCAGAACGAGGUGGAUGGUGCUCUGGCCAAAGCUCUUCGGCUCUACAGUGAUGUUACUCCUCUACAGUUCAGACAGAUCCACACGGGACCUGCAGACCUCAUGGUUAUGUUUAAAGCCAAAUCACACGGUGACUUCUUCCCUUUUGAUGGGCCAAAUGGAACACUGGCACAUGCUUUCUCCCCUGGUGAAGGUCAUGGAGGCGACACUCAUUUUGAUGAAGAUGAAAUUUGGACUUUGACUUCUUCAGGAACCAAUCUGUUUUUGGUGGCAGCUCAUGAAUUCGGGCAUGCUUUGGGGUUGGCUCAUUCACAGGUUCAGUCCGCCUUGAUGUUCCCUACGUAUCAGUAUGUCGUCACAGACGGUUACCACCUUCCAGAGGAUGACAGGCUGGGCAUACAAGCUCUCUAUGGUAUCAGAGGAACUGCUCCCGAACCAACAGUGAAUCCUGGUCCAAUGCCACAGCCUGUGCCCGACCCAAUUCCAGAACCUGUUCCAGAUCGAUGUAGCUCAGACCUGGUUCUGGAUGCUGCUUCGUCUAUUCACAACACUCUGUACUUCUUUAAAGACAACUAUUAUUGGAGAAGAAGGUCGUUCUGGGAUGGCAUAAGGAUAAGAAAAAUCCAGAUUCUUUGGCCAGGAAUAAACAAGGUUGAUGCUGUUUAUGAGAUCAGUGGUAGACACAGCACAGUGAUUGCCAUUGAAGGCAAGGUAUACUGGAAAAUUAGAAGACACACCAUCCAGCCUGGAUACCCCAAACCCCUUAGAAAUCUUGGCUUUCCUUCAUACGUCAGAAGGGUAGACGCUGCUGUACAUUUGAUCUAUUCAAGCAAGACUCUCUAUUUUGUGAACAAUAUGUACUGGAGCUAUAACGAGCGCAGGAACCGAAUGGAUCCCGGCUACCCAAAAUACAUUUACAGAGACUUUUCCCUUUCUAGAGUUGAUGCAGCUUUUGAAUACAGAGGAUACCUGUAUUUGUCAUCUGGAUCUAUGCAGAUGGAAUAUGACUACAAAAGAGGAAGAGUCAUUCGCUCCUUUUUCAACUACCAAUGGAUGAACUGCAGCUAA